AUGUGCUGCUCGGCGAUAUUUCACAAGGUCGACUUUGACAACUGCCGUGUUUGUGCUGGUGAGCAUACGAUGACAGAAAGACGUCUUCGGUGCUUGAGCAGUACUUGUCGCGAGUUUGGCAAAUGUGGCGUGGUCUGGAAGGUGUUCUACUGCACAGCUCAGGACAAAAGGCAGAUAACUGUAAACGAGCAGGCACAUGCCCGUGGUGUUCUUCCCUGUACUGCGGAGCAUUGGCCAGUCGUGACUCAGCCGAUGAAAGCAUUUAUCGCGGCACAAGAUGAGAUUGGGAACGCCCCACGUAUUAUUCUGGCACAUCUCAAGAAGCAAGCAAAUAUCAAGCCAUCUAAAAGCGGAUGGCCAGAGCUCUCCCAGAUUCAAAAUGCGCUGAAAGUUCACCGGCGUUCGAAGGGCACCAAAAAAUCAAUCAAGAACUUCAGCCAGAUUCCGCAUUUCUGUUUGGACCUAAGUUGGACACGGAUGGCUUUGUUUAUGUGGGGUCCGGCGAGGACGACGAUCCUUUCAUUAUUGGGGCGACGUCUCUCGCACUUAUCGAUAGCUGCCUACGGUUCUGCCACUCGGGUGAUUUUGUGCAGUUCCAUGUGGAUGCCACGUUUAAGGUUAGCGACUUGGGCUAUCCAGUGA